UGAGCGAAUUGUUUCCCUUGCCAAUCUACGUCAAGAAACAUAUCUUGUAAAUACUCUGCGUUCUCAAUAAUAAUAUUGGUCGUGCGAAGUUGAUUAAGAACAAAAAGCAUUAAAAGGAGAUUUUAUCGCAGAUUGAAGAGGCAGAGAUAUGAAGAUCGCUAUUCUUGGAGCAACUGGGCGGACCGGGUUGGUCCUGGUCAGACAGGCUCUUGACCAGGGACACGAUGUGCUGGCUCUUGUACGAAACCCACAGGCGAUGACGAAGCAAAUUCAGCACGAACGACUCAAGGCUUACCAGGUAGAUUUGAAUGAUGAGGCUACAAUUGUGAGACCUCUGAAGGAGGCAGAUGCUGUGAUGUCAUGCAUUGGUGCACCCCCAAGCUCGAGUUUCUUCAAAAGCACAACCCUGUACCAGGAUUCUGCAGUUGUUAUUGUCAGUGCCAUGCGACAGACUGGUCUCAAGAAGCUAGUGAUCAUGUCAGGUUCAGGAACAAAAGGGGAGCAAGGAGAAAUGUUCUUGGCGAGAGUCUUAAGACCACUAUUAAAAAACCUUAAAAGUAUGGCUUCUAUGGAAGAUUACCUGGAGCAGCAGUGUGCAGAUAUCAAUUACACUGUGGUUCGCCCACCUGGACUUAAUGAAAAGCCUAGUACAAACAAAGAGAUCAAAAGUCGAGAAGGACAGUAUGUUCCAAAUGCUGCUCUUUACAUGCCACGUGCUGAUGUCGCACGUUUCAUGUUAUCGUGUUUGGAAACAGACAAUUAUGACAGGAAAAUGGUUGCCAUUUCUGUUUGAGUGGAUGUUAUUCAAAUGUACUACAAGCCUGGAUACUGCCUAGGAUUCACAGGUGCAUGAGGGCACAGAGGAAACACCCACAAAUGCAGGCAGGUGUGUACAUAGGUAAAGGUUCAUGUGUUAACAUGUCACACGCCUGCAUACCUGUAAUGUGCUUAAAUAAAAGUGCACACACUUUGCAUAUGACAUAUGCACAGAAACAUAUAUAUACUCAUGUGUAAGCACUCAUAUAAGUAAUCACAAGAAGGCUAGGAUACACAUCACACACUACCCCCCCAUACAUGCACAUAAUUAUAUCUAUAUACAUAUAUAUCAUAGCACAUGCUUACAGCAUACACACAAACAUGCAUAAAUGUAUGCUUGUACACUUUCACACAUGUAAAUGAUCAGAAACACACCACAUAUACACAUUAUUAAUUUAUAUUCACAAUGUAAAUAUAUUGUUGCAGUAAAUCAGUGUAAAGUCAUACACAUUGUUAUAUAUGUGUGUAUACAAAUGUAUUAAAUUGCUAUAAUUUUUCACUUCACUUGUGUUUCUGUUUUAUUUCUUUGCCCAGCGUUUGGAGAUAUUUGUUUUCACCUUCAGUUUGGUAGGCAACACUUAGGUUGACUAGAUAAUCCAAGGGAGACAAUUUAAUCCACAGCCUGACAACACAUUCUGCUAGGCCAUUAAUUUCUUUUCUUUUUCCCUCUGUUCCAUUCCUGUAAACAAUUUCUGAGAAAUAAUAAACUACACUUUGAUUGAUAUUGACUAAGAACAGUGCUUGUUUAGGAUAUUUGGACAUUUUUGAAUGUGUUUAUGAAAUGUGAUAUAUAUAUUUGUGUAUUAUAAAUUGAAUGAUUAUAUUUUUUUAGUAGUGUUAUUUUUAUGCUAUAGUUGUAAUGUGACAAUCAUGACUAAUAAUUGUCUUUCUACUUUUGACUGUUAGCCUCAAGUAAACUUUUGACUGUUAUCCUCAUGUAAAAACUUCAUAUGUAUGUUUGCUUUUUUCUUGCCAGAGUCUAGAGUCUCAGUAAUUUUAAAAUUGUCAAAUAAUCGUGGACCAGUGUCAGUACCAUUAUUAAACUAUAUAUUUCUUAUGUUCUUUAUAUUGUAUAAAUAAAAAUACCAGUUAUUCAGUAAUAAACUAUUAUGUGGAAAUCAU